UAGUCUUUAUGUCUCUGCAUUAUUACAACAGUCUAAAGUCAUAUUCGACAUCAUCACAUCAAUAGAAAUAAUGGAAGAGAGCCAAUUGCGUGGGAAGAUUGAGCAGAGUCUCCAUGAGGCAGCCCUUCAAGGGGACACAGCCUUGUUGAAUCAAAUUCUCGCCAAGGAUCCAUUGAUUCUCCGACGAGUAAAGGUAGGUUGUUUCGUCCACACUCCUCUCCACGUGGCGGCAUUCGAGGGGAAGUUGGAAUUCGUUCAGGCGCUGUUGGCGAAGAAUAAGGGGCUCGCCCGAAUACUGGACCCGCGGCGGUGGUCGGCGCUUCACCUGGCGGCUGCGCAAGGACAUUGCCAGAUCGUGAGAGAAUUAGUGAGAGCUAACCCCGACAUGUGCGCGACUCUCAAAGGGAGAAAUCCGCUUCACCUGGCGACCAUGGAGGGUGAUGUCUGUGUGUUGACUGUGUUCCUUGAAGACAAAACCUAUUGGAAUCAUGAGUUGCUCAAAGCUAAAGACAGUAGUGGCAACACCAUAUUUCAUCUGGCUGUCAAGCACAAGAAAUUUGAGGCCAUGGAGUUCUUAGUUAAGAAAGUGGAAGAUGAACUAAAAGGGAAGAACAUACGAAAGCCAGCUAACCCGUUAAACACGAUAAAUGAAUGCGGGUACAUAACUCUGGACAUUCUAGAGGAAAUCAAAGCUGACGUACCAGAAUUUGACAAUGUCAAGGAAAUGUUUCGAAAAGCUAAUGCCUUGAAAGCUAGUGAAGUCAAUCAGGUUGAGUGGUUGUCUAAGAAGCGGGAUGCCCUGAUGGUGGUUGCAUCGCUCAUUGCAACCAUGGCUUUCCAAGUUGGGGUGAGCCCUCCUGGUGGUUUCUGGCAAGAAAAUUCAGCCGACCAUAGAGCUGGGGAAGCUGUGAUGGCUUUUAACUUCCCAGAUUCAUAUCCACUGUUCCUUCGUGCCAACACAAUCAGAUUUGUGGCAUCAGUAAGCAUGAUCCUGUUUCUGGUAACUGGAUGGCCCUUCAAGAAGAAGUUCUUAAUGUGGAUCUUGGUGCUAAUAAUGUGGCUCACUGUUACAUCCAUGGCGUUUACUUACGCCUUCUCAAUUACUGUGAUCACCCCGAAAAAGGACAGGGAACCUCUCAGCGACACCCUUUUUAUAGCAGUGAUAGCUUGGUGCAGUGUGAUGGCACUUCUUAUAGUAGCUCACACCAUUCGCUUGUUGAAUCGGUGGUUGAAGAUCAGCUAGCAAAUAGAUGUAUGGACAGGGAUGAAUAAGUUCUUCAACUCACCUCGAAGCGACCAACCCCAACCAGCUUCAGCUAAUGGGAAUCGACCCCAACUGGCUUCGGCUAAUAAGAACAGGGAGCCUGUUUGAUCUUUAGCUUUAUCAUUGAGCUCAAAUUAGUGAAAGAGCAUUGGUAUGUAUCAUCAAUGGAAUGAGCAGAGUUUUGUUACAUAAUGUGUUGUUUCCUUGUCUUGUUGCUAUGCUUGGGAUCAAUGGAAAUUGAAUUCUUAAUUAAUAUAUUGAAAUCCAAUCUGUAUUAACAUCGUUCUAUUAUUUUGGAACUUAGUCUCUGGAAAUAAGAUAUGUUAAAUUUCAUGAUUC